AUGGCAUCUAUCGAUGAUAUCUCCCGGAUGAAGACCGCUGCUUUGACUGUCAUGGCUACUCGUGGUCAAGAUCAGGACCUAGUUGCCCAGCUUGCGUUAAGAUAUUCUCCAGCGGAAAACUCUGCUGAUCAAAAUCUAAGAAUCAUUCCCUGCUUCGGAUGGCAUCCGUGGUUCUCUCAUCAAAUUAUCGACGAUGUCAAUAUGGAAAUUCGCAAUGGCACCAUAAUCUCCAAAGAAGAGCAUUAUAAAAAUGUUUUAACCCCCCCAGUCAAGGAUGAGAACCUGCUGCAUGGCCUCCCGGAACCGUUCCCAUUGUCGAAAUUGGUAUCUGAAACAAGAGCUCGACUGCAGCAACACCCUCACGCUCUUGUUGGGGAAAUCGGCCUUGACCGUUCAUUUCGCAUCCCAAAUGCUUGGUUUCCACAUGAGAUCAAAAAUAGAGACACCAGCCUCACACCUGGCACGAGGGAAGGAAGAACCCUGUCUCCCCAUCGCGUCACCUUGACCCAUCAGAAGGCAAUCCUUAGAGCCCAACUCAAACUUGCAGGGGAAAUGCAACGGCCGGUAUCUGUUCAUAGCGUUCAAGCACACGGUGCUUUUUUUGACCUACUCCAGGAACUAUGGUCGGGCCAUGAGAAGAAAGGUGUCUCAAAUCGGCAACGAAAGAGGCGACCAAGUGUAGACAAAGCCCACGAACUUAGCAAUAAUGACCAAGCUGAAGAUGAAAAAGGAUUGCCGGGCCCUAUAUCCCAUACAUUUCCACCACGGAUAUGCAUGCACUCAUACUCUGGGCCUCCAGACGCUUUGAAACAGUUCCUUCGCAAAUCCAAUCCGGCAGAUAUAUAUUUUUCUUUCUCUAACAUCAUUAACUUUACAAACGAUUCUUCAACAAAGGUGAUCAAGGUGAUCAAGGCGCUUCCUGAUGAUAGAAUACUGGUUGAAAGCGAUCUUCACUGCGCUGGAGAAAGGAUGGACGACUUGAUUGAAGCGAUUGUAAUAGAGACAUGGCAUGGGUCUAUUGGACUUGGUUGCCGUCCUGCUGGAACACUAUGCUUGUUUACCCAUGUUUCCAUAAGCGCGAUCAAUUCUGCGGACUACUUGUUGACCCCCUGGGGCGAAUCUAUGCCGUUAUUUGAAGUCACCAAGCAGCAAAAUGAUAGCGGCACCAAAGCCCCCUCAAUAAAGCUUAUAUUAUUGUCCAAGUCUUCAGAGGCGCUUGUCCUUUGUGGCUGCAGCAUUGCAAUGGGUCUCAUUGCCUGUCACGUCUCUCGUAGACGGAAUAUCAGCAUUUCAAAUGGCAUCGAACAAAUCUUUAAAAACAAUCGACGACUGAAACCGUGCUCCACAUCCAACUCCCACCUUCCGAUGUAUAACUUCUCCGAAUCCCUACAUUGGGGUAGUUUCAUAACUACUGCUAUCUCUAUCAAUAUCUUCUGGUGGAUCUGGGAUAUCCCUCUUAUUUGGAAGCGGGGAUUUCGUGCUUAUGUCGACGCAAUUACCUGGGAAUGUGUGCGAGUUUACAUGCCUUCCGUCGCUGGGGUCUUUGCGAUAUACCAUACAAACAAUCGCUCCCGCUGGCCAAAGCUCUAUUAUUUUGGUGGCCGAGAUGAAUCUCUUACAGAGGGUAUGACUGACGCCGAAGUUACAAGGAUAGUACUGACAGAUUCAUUAACCAUCACCGCGACUAUCCUAACGAUAUCUAAAUUCUACAUCGAGCCAUCGGGUCUUAUAUUGACCACAGCGCUUUGGGCAUUUCCGAGCCUUCAAGUUUCCCUGGUCGGUAUCUGUAUUGUUGGCGCAUCAUAUACCAAAACAUGCCCGAGACGAAAUAUACUUAUAGGCGGAGCGUUGUUUAUCUUUGCGGCCGGAAUCUGUAUAGGGAUUAUUUUGAUGUGUUUAAGUUUGUCGCACAUUCAAGCAUGGCUACCGACGACUAUGCUGUACUUUUUCAUGGCAUCUCCCUUUUGCCUGUACACGCAUGGUGCUUUAAUCGCACUCAUCGUGCUAGUAGCGACAAUAGCUCGGGUUGGAGGCUUGGCUGUUACUGCACUGAUCCCAAGGAAUGUCAUGCCGUCGAUAUCUCUAAAACAUCCAUUAUUUGGAACUGUAUACCUAAUUGUGGGAAUUGCUGGAGGUAUAUUAGCAAUUUAUGGCAGGUUUCGGUCAAGGCAUAUGUGCCUGGUUCUUAAACAGGGGGGAGCAGAAACGGAUGUGAAGACUUCGAUGCUAAGUAACGGCAUAGCAUCAUUAAAUGCGCUUCAAACCCGGCUUCGCAGAAACCUUCAGGGAAAACAUGUUUCUGAGAAAGAUGGAGAGGCUGUGAAAUGCGCAACAUGGCCUCAGCGACAAAAUAAGACUCAUUGGCCGAUAAUACAACCGCCGGAACAAGUAUAUUUUUCCGAAUUAAUGGCGGAGGAGUGCACUCGACCGUCCCCACCUGUACAUAGUACACCGGAUGUGGGGAUUCGAAGAACUAUAUCAGCCCAGCAGGUUCCGCCAGACGUGAUCCAAGUUGUCAAUAUCCCCAAGUGUUCGGAAUCUAUAGAUUCCAUAUUCCUCGGUGAUAGAGCGCGGGCGCGGUCAAUACGGAUAAAACGGAAACCGGUCGGGAGCGGCUCUUUGAAGACGUUUUCUGACCAAAAGGUCGAUCGGACGGCGAAACAGGGCCUAAUCAGUCCCCCGUCACCCCAGACGGCGGCCAGAGGCCAGGUACAUCAACCGGGCAAUAAACGAAGAGCGCAAUACUUUGAAGCAGAAACCGGCAAGGUACACAUCGGAACAGGUGACCUGAAGCCUAGACAGCUGAGCUUGAAGUCAAAACCGUUACCUAAACCGCCACCUGCUAGCGCUAGUACUGUGGUCAAGUUAAAGAAUUAG